AUGUUGAAACUAAGCUCAGUAGCUUCAAGUUCGAGACCCAAUAUCAGCAGUGAUUCUCUGUUUCCUUUAUUCUUCUUCUUCUCAUCAUCCAGACCCGUGAGUUCCCUAACUUCAGUCCCCCCAUUAGUUGAUGAUAAGGAGGAAGAAUAUGAUGAAUUGAAGAACAUGUAUGCUGUCGCCUAUGUUUCUCAGACCUUCUUUAAUGCAUGGCAGGGAAUGGCCCUCCUGGAUUUUCAUAUGGUCACAACUCACAUAUCUUCCAUCUCAAACAUUUACUUUCAUGAUGGGGCAAUUGGUUCAUCGUCAAACUGUAAUGCAAACGUCCGUGUAAUAAGUGACAGUCCUUCUGCCAUAUUACAUCUCUCCAAAGUUCUUUGGAAGACAUCUGCUCGUGCUGUUUCUCAUGACUCUUGUCCUUUGACAGUUUAUGUUGCUUCCUCUAUAAGUCAAGGUAUUGUGGAUGCUAUUGGUCUUAGAGCUCAAGGAAACAGUGGACUUAUAGCUGCUGAUAUUGAGCGUUCUUCACUUAUUUUAUGUGGUAAAGCAUCUGCUGAUACCAAUGGAACAAAAGAAGCACUAGCUGCCUUGUCUGGACCUAUCAUAGGUGCUAGAGGAGGUCUUCCUUUAUUGGCAAGGCUUCUGGUUUCUGGUGACUCUUUGAUUGUUAUAUUUGCUCCUGAAGAUACUAUUCGGAGCUGUGCUGGUAAACUGGUAUCUGCAGAUGCUGGUGUAAUUCUUUCUUCUCAAGGUGUUGCGCCAUAUUUUCAGACGUGGAAUUUUGGUGAUCCAGGUCCUUCCAAAUUCCCAUCCGCUGUUGUAUUUGCAACUUCUGACAGUUCCAGGACCAUUCCUUCUAUAUCCAAGCUAUCUCCUUGCCAAGCAGCUUAUCACUUCUUGGCCGGGUAUCAAAAUGGAAAGUUUGUACCUGCGUACAGCAACAGUCCUUCUUCCAUUGACCCAUUAGAACUUGCAAAAGCUCUUUCAUCCAAGUUGAAAGACAACCAAAUCUCAUCCUUUCUGGUUAAUGUCAAGGAAGGAGAAAAGAGUCUUACAGGACAUCAUUUUCUGACGUUGGUUCAAUCAUCUCUAUCAGGGAACGUAGCGCCAUUUCAACCUAAAGGUGGAGAUCUUGAAGAAAAGUACCAAAGCUUUUUGUCCACUAAAUUUCAGGAAAUACCGGAGGAAUUCUUGUUCUGA